GCUUCGCAGUGCGCGGGAGAGGCGGAGCGCCUGCAGGUGUGAGGGCUGUGGCAGCCGCCGAGUUCUUGCGUCCCACGGCCAUCUGCGGCCUUUGGCCUCUGCUGGCGGUCCCGGUGUGGGCAGCCCUCACUUUUCGGUGGCCGGGGUAGGGUGGGAGUGGGCCUGGUUAUCGGAAGUCGGGUCCACAGAGCCUGGUCGUUCAGCUCCAGACCCUCAGUCUCCCGCCCUCUGUGAGGGCCCACUUUGCGUUUUACUUUCUGAACAAAAGUUAACGCAGAAAAUUUAACUGAAUUGUACCCCCAACAGAUCCAGGCAGAUCUACCUACUUCCUGCUAAGGACAGAGGAACCUUGCGUCCUAGGCUCAGAUUUCUGAGGGGAGGGGCAAAAUGAGUAAGAGGAAAAAGCUUCGGACCUCAGGAGGAGAAGGGGUGCAGCCCCCCAAGCCCCCAAAGAGUCCAAGACUAGGAGACUUUGAGAGGCCUCCACACAGUUCUGAGUUGGGCUUUUUGUGCCAUCCCGAAGAGGCAGAAGGUGGAUCAGGACCUGCUCCCUGUGCAGAUCAGAGCGGGGAGGAGCCAGGACAGGCAGCCUCCAGUUCCCCCGACAAGGAAGCAGGAGCUCCCUCCAGGCUCCUGGGACAACCGAAAAAGGAGCCAGUUCCCUUUCUUCCUUCCCAGAACUCAGUCAGGAGGUUUGUCCCCCAGUUUGCAAAACCCAGGAAGACAGUGACAAGACCAGCAGAGACAAGGGAAGAGGACCUCGGGGGUGGGGCCUCUAGCUCGGAAACAGUGCCAGAGCCCAGUGCCCAAGACAGAAGCCAGCUGCAGGAGGAGUCCCCUGGGCUUGCUUUUGGGGAGGCCAGGGAGCUGGGGGCCUGGACCCAGGCAGAUAUCACUGACACCAAGCACAGCAGCCAAAACCCCAAGACACCUCUGCCUGUCUGGGAGGAUCCUCAGCCCUCCAUCCAUGUCUCUCUAGAAUGCGGAAUUGUGGCCUUAGCCUCAGAGUGGCACAGCCAGGACCAUCUGUCAGAGCAAGGGACCAAUAGUCCAAAUGGUGGACACUUGGAGCAGGGUGGGGUUUCAGGAGAUCACAGACAGAAAGGACACCUGCUGAGCAAUGAUGCUGAAGAGAAGGGGCCAGACCAAGGAGCCCCCAAGGAGGAAGGUGCCCAAGGGGGAACAGAGGGUGACCUGCCCACGGGGCACCUGGAGGAAGCAGACAGCAUCCUGGGCCUGGUCACUCAGGGCCCAGAGCCUGGAUCUGCAGCCCAGGACCCCCCUGACCCCAUGCAAAAGCCCAACAGGACUGUCAGGGAUGCAGAGCAGAGCUGUAGCAGCCCAAGGUGCUCUUCCCUUGGGAUCAUGGUCAUUGCAGACAUAAGCACAGACCCCAUCCAGUCAGGACAGAGGGCUCCAGAGGUGGGCAGGCCAGACGGGCAGGCCAGCACCAGGGCUCCUGCCUCUCCUGGAGGAAAGGCCCCCAAUGGAAGCCACAGCAGGGCCCUGCUAAGCAGCAUGCCUCUUGCUGUGGAGACUGCAGGAGGCAGAGGGGAGGGAGAGUGGGAAAACAGGCCCCCUGGCAACAUCCCAGAGGUGCCUGCAGCCUCCCCAGCCCUGGACCACAGGGUCCAAGAAUCCACAAUAGGCGAUGAAGAUUCUAGUCCUUUGGCCUCAGAAAUGGGCCCUGGUGUUGCUCCGAAAGAGGUUCCUGGCUGGGCUCAAGAGGGUCUGGAAGGUGUGUGCGUGCUGUCUCUGCCACCACACUGUACAACCGCAGCUCAGUUAGGCAGCCAGUGCCCUGAACAAGACCUUGAGGAACUCAGUCUGUCUAUUAGAGCCUCUGCUCCACUGGUGCACAGAGAAGCGGUGGAUGCCCCCUGCAAGGAGACUGGGGACUGUCAGGGCAGCUCAGACACUCCCACUGACCCUGCAUGCUGGCCCAGGCACCCUCCUGACUCUGCCAACCAGGCUACCUCGAGGGAGUCCCCAGCCAUGGAACUUGACUUACUGCCAGACAGCCAGAUACAGGAUGCCCUGGAGGCCCCCGACUUCGGUGCCUCACCUGAGCAGGAGUCCUGGCUGCAGUGUUCCCAGAGUGGGGCGAGGGGAAGAGAGACAACCCCUGCAGGAUUUUCCCUGCCCCAUGCAGGGCUGGCCAGGCUAGGCCUUCACAUGUGCUCUCUCCAGCUGUUUCCUGCAGGGAGCGAGAUGGACCCUUGUUGGCCUGGCACCAGCCCACAUGCAGAUGGAGGUCCCCUCACUGAGGCCCCGCUGAGGACCCACGUGGGGAUUGAGGCCUGUGAAGCUGUCAGGAUGGAGGAUGCAACAGACACUGUACGCGGCCUCAUCAUUGAGCUUUCCAAUCUCAACCGGCUGAUCAUGAGCACCCACCGGGACCUGGAGGCUCUCAAACGCCUCAGCUACAGGAAAGUGAAACCAGCAGGGAAAGCCCAGGCACCCUACACAUAAGGGGGCUGGGAGUCUCCCCUGAGGGGAGCAAUCCUGGAGGGAUUUGUAGACCGCCUCAAGAUCACUCCCAAGAGUGCAAAUGCGGGUUUCCUUCAAACCCCACCCCCAGAAGUGCCUGAUGUUCCUGCCAGACAGCUGGAAACAAUCCCUCAGCAGAUCCCCAAAAGCCUGCAGGCCUCCUUAUGCCCCGUGCUAUUUUGUUACCCUACAAGAUGCUCCAGGGGUCUCUAGAAACCUCUGCUCAGGCGAUCAGGAAGUCAGCUUCCCACAGAAACACACAGGAGGCUGGUGCUGUAUCAGAAUCCUCUCUUGGGAGUCUGGGUGGGGAGGGAACCUGCUCCUCCCCAAGGCUGAGGCUCUUUACAGGCAGCAGUCUGGAGCCCCAGAAAGCCCACUGCCUGAGAGCCAGGCCUAGCACAACCCAGAUGUUUAUCUCGGUUUGCAAAUUUCGGCUCAAGGGAGGUUACAAAAGGUUCCGAAUUUCUUUCCCAGAGGAGAAAGGGCUCUUUGUUGAUUGUAUCUUUUUUUGUCUUUCUCCGGAUUUCCGUUUUAUUUCUUUCUUCCCGGAAGGCUAUUAUUAAUAAUAAAUUAUUCCCUAGUGAGACCUUGUGACCUGCUGUCUGGGAUUUGAGGCAUUUUCUGUUCCUUGAUAUUCUGCCCCCAAACCUUUCUCCUUUUACUUGCUAUUCUCUCCAGGGAGGAAAGUUGGGCUAUGCUGGGCCCCAUCAGUUGAGGGGGGCCCCACGGGUUAGCUAGUGUGUAGAAUUCUCCAGGAGCAGGUAGCUCGUAUGUUUGUAAGUGCACAGGUGUGUGCAUGCACAUUUAAGCACAUACACGCUAGUGUCUGUGGAGCAAGAAGCCCAGAGACAGCGGUGGCUGAUUGUCCACCUGGAGUUUGCUUUCAGGGCUCCAUCCUCCAUGAGACAAGCUGCUUAGAAGCCUCAAUCUGGAAGGAGGCAGUCCUGGAGGGUUGUCAGUGACGCAAACACAACUAAUUUUUGCUUGCCACCUCAAAGCCAGCAUCAUAAGCAGACUCAGGUGCUGCUGCCAAACCCAUUUUACAGAAAACAUUGUUUCUAUUAAAUCAGUCAAUGAGAGACCCAAGACAUUAGUCACCUUGCCUGUGGCCCCUGUGCCCCAACUCCUAUGGCCAAGGCAGGGUCUUCCUCCCACUGCUUUACACCCCAAGAGAUCCCAGCA